GUGGCGGGGAAGAGGGUAGGAGGAGGAGCCAGGCGGCUCAGUCUCGUCGUGGCUAUCGAUUUAAAACCAAUCAGAAGGUGGGAGGAGCGGCGCUCGGGGGGCGUGGUCUGGAAAUGGUGAACACGAUGCCACACCCCCCCCGCUUUCCCACCCGGCAGCGGAUUGGCCUCGGCAGUUUGAGUGACAGCUUCAGCCAAACAAAACCCACCCAGAGAAACAGCGAUUGGUUACAAACUGAAGCACAGAUCUCCAGCACCAUCAUCUCCAGCUUGACUCCGCUUCGGAUAACGGACCUUGACAACGGGUAAAGGCUCCAUUCCUUUUCUUCAGUCGUUCUGAAUAGAAAUUGAGCUGAUUUGUGGAUAUUCUUGGUUUAAUGGAUUUUUUUUAAAGCCUUGCUUUUAGAUCUGAACGAUUCCCCAGUCAUGAUUGGCCACCGCAGACUCCUCCUCCUCCUCCUGUGGAUGGUCAUGUUGCUCAUGGCGACACUGUGCCCUGGUGUCCAGCCCAAGCGUGGGGGCGGAGGCAGGGGCAGGGGCAAAGGGGUGGGCCUGGGCGCGAAGGCCCCGCCCUCUCAAAGCCGCGGGUCCUCCAGGCAGGGCCUGAAGCUGGCGGGGGCGGCGGCCGCUGGGGCGCUGGGCGGGGCCGCGCUGGGGUACGGGCUCGGCUCCCUGGGGCGGCCCCGCUACGGCUACGGCUACGACGGCGACUCGUCCGAAGAGGACCGGCGCUUCUACUACGCCAACGGGCCGGGCUACCAGAACCGCUCCGACUGGCGCCAGUACAGAGGGGCCUCCAGCGCCGGACCGUUACCCAGCGUGCCCCUGGUUCUGGGGUCGGUGGCGUCGGUGGUGCUGGGCAACUGGAUCAAGGGGAUCUGAAAAGGUCCUCUCUUUCAGCACUAGCGAAACUACGACCACAACUCCCCCUAGCAGCAGGAGGACCAACCGGCUCAAAAUGGAACACCAGUGCAGGUGUACCGGGCCAGGCCUCCAGCCUGAUUGCCUUCUUACUAUACCUGCCCCUACCACCCCCGUUUCCUUAAAGACCCUGGGUAAUUACCUUUCUAUACAUUUAAAGUGUAUGCUACGCCUUAAGAAAAAUACAUAAAUUUACAGAAAAAUGACCAUAUUUACCUUUUACAAAUGUAUAAAUAGGAAGACAAUAAAAUGUCCUUUUGACCUAAAGCGAAGUAUUUCUCAACAGGAGAGCUAUAGAGCUGGGGGGGGGGGGGGUCAUGUUCCAUCUGUAAUGAAUAUUCACGUUGGAUAGAUAGCCCAACAAACAGACUCGCGUUUGCAUUGAGUUUGCUAGCUGGUAGAACAUGCAAGGGGAA